AUGUACUCUGCCAAAGUGAUAUCAUUGCAAUUGAAGGAAGUGGAGAGGAAAAACAGUCCAUGUUUCAGUAUAGGACCUGUGGGUGAGGACUUGUAUCACUGGGAAGCUAUCAUAACGGGGCCUAAAGGUUCACCCUAUGAGAAUGGUGUUUUCAAACUAGACAUUCACUUUCCGCUUGACUACCCUUUCGCGCCUCCUAGGGUGAUGUUCAAAACAAAAGUCUAUCACCCAAACGUUACAACUUAUGGGAACAUUUUUCUGAAGAUGUUGAACCCAACUCACUUCAGGACCAACAACAGCAUCAAUGAUGUACUGACGGAAAUACACCAAAUGUUAACUGCCCCACAAAUAGGGGAUGGACACUUUUUUGUUGAAGAAAUUGCUAGGAUUUACGUGGAAGACAGGGCUGCUUUUGAAACCACUGCACUUGCGUGGACGGUGGAGCACGCGGGAGGAGCAUAA